CGUGAGUACCGCUGCCAUUUGACGUUCCCAUGGCAAGAGUGGAGAAAAGGAUUCCUGCCGAUUUUUGUCAUUUUGUGCAAUUCUAGUUUUGAAAUAACAAGAAAAUACGCUUUACACAGCCAUGCGGCGAAGUAAGGCCGAAGUGGAACGCUAUAUUUAUUCAGUACAGAGUUCCUCUCCUUCACUCAAAGAGAAACCAAUUAAAGGAUUUUUAUUUGCUAAAUUAUACUUCGAGGCUAAGGAGUAUGAACUUGCGAAAAGACAUGUAUCGGUAUACCUGACGGUGGCGGAGAGAGAUCCCAAAGCACACAAGUUCUUGGGCCAGCUUUAUGAGAGGGAAGGAGAUGUCAACAAGGCCGUAGGAUGUUACAAGCGGUCUGUGGACCUUAACCCAGCCCAGAGGGACCUGGUUUUGAAGGUGGCUGAGCUGCUGGUCAGUAAGACAGAGGGAGACAGCAGAGCAGAGUUCUGGGUGGAGAAAGCUGCCAAGUUGCUGCCUGCAAAUCCUGCUGUCUUCAACCUCAAGGAGCGGCUACUGAAUCGACAGGGCCAGCAGGGACGGAACCAGUUGUUUGACCUGCUGCAGGCAGAGCUGACUAAGAGACCUGGCGAUGCCCAUAUCAACAUAAAGCUGGUUCAGCUGUUCUCCUCUGAUGGCAGGCUGGAGGAGGCUGUCAAACACUGUCUGGCCACAGAGAAGAGAGGCCUGCUUAGAUCCAGCUUGGACUGGUACUCUACUGUAGUACACACUCUACAGGAUUUCCUAGGCCAGCCCAGUGUUUCAUCCAAUGAGAAGACGAGUAGACAUCUGCAGAGAGAGCUACUUUUGGCCCACUGCAGCCUGCUGAGACUGACCCUGUCGGGAAAAGGACUGCAGCCUAGCAUCAAGGCCCUCGGGAGUUUUGACUGUGCGAUGCAGGGCCUGAAGAAGACAGCAUGCAGUGUAACAGAUGAUCUGAAUGAGGUCUAUGUGGAGAUGAGGGGACAUCUGUACCUGCAUGCUGGCACUCUGCUGCUGAAGAUGGCUCAGGAAAGAGAACAGCAGUGGAGGGCUGUCAUUGACCUGGCUGCUCUCUGCUAUCUACUGGCUUACCAGGUCCCGGGGCUGAAGAGCAAGGCGACUAAAGGGGACCAGUCUUCUCCUCAGCAUCUGGAGCUGCUGGCCAGUGACAGACAGAGCCAGGCUGGACACAUGCUGCUUAACCUCAACCCUGACACGCAUACCUUUGUCAGAGAGGUGGUGGAGGCGUUUGGUAACCGUAGUGGUCAGGGCUCUCUGUUUGAGCUUUUGUUUGGGCUUCAGGCUCCAGCUGGUACUUCCUUCAUCGGCAACGACGACAUCCGCUCCAUCAACACACAGGCUCCAGCGAUAGCUGACCUCAUCAAAUGGGACAAUGGCUCCAUCCAGCUCAAAGGAGGGGACCUCCAGCAGCUGUGUUGGCUGGGUCUCCAGUGGUCUCUCAUGGCCCAGAGGCCUGCUCUGAGGGACUGGCUCAAACAGCUGUUCCCCAGGCUCAUCCUGGAGACGUCCAAACUGGACACCAACACACCUGAGUCCAUCUGCCUGCUCGACCUGGAGGUGUUCCUGUGUGGGGUGGUGUGGUGCAGUCACACCCAGCUCCAGGAGAGGGCCAGGAUCACUUCUACUGGUCAACAGCAACUCCAUGAGCCCCGCUGCCUGCCUCUGCCCCUCCUCCGCCUCCUCUCCACAGACAGACAGAGGGAAUGGUGGGACGCUGUCUACAGCCUCAUACACAAACAAGCUGCGCCUGGCAUGUCAGCCAAACUGAGGAUGACUGUUCAACAUGGACUAAGCACCCUUCGAGCUGGAGAGAAACAUGGCCUUCAACCAGCCCUGCCCAUACACUGGGCCCAGCACCUCAGCUCAACGGGGGUUGGUGUGAACUCCUACUAUGACCAGAAGGAGUACAUAGGGCGUAGUGUCCACUACUGGAAGGUGGUGCUCCCCCUGCUGGACAAGAUCAAGCAAAGACGCAGCAUCCCUGAACCCCUGGACCCCCUCUUUAUACACUUCCCCUCUAGAGACAUACAGAUCCCAUCAGUGAAGGGCUUUGAGGAGGAGGCCAUGAUAGCGUUUGCAACCCUCUUGGACGUCGAGGGGAGGACCGAGGAGGCCAUCACUACUCUGGAGACAAUCAACAACAUCUCAUCUAACUGGCACCUAGCUAGGAUCUUCCAGCGUCUGUCUGAGGAGGCUGGUAGUGGGGUGGAGGAGACUCGGGACAGGUGUGUCAUGUUCCUCAGGAAGUUCAGAACUUACCUCUCCAAGAUCUACAAUGCCAAUGCUGACGACAUGGACAAGCUGCCUGUUUCAAUGGAAGAGGUGAUGGAUCUCCUGAACGAUGUGAACCAGCAGCUAGGGGAGGUUGGAGAAGCGAUGGAUGAAGAGGGCAGACCGGUCCACUUCAGCCCUCAGUUUACUGAGCCUGCUGCCUCAGUCUCUCAAAUCAAAUUCGCCCCUUUAACCCCUUCCCCCAGCAAGAGCUUUGUCCCUCCCUCCAAAAGACACAUGACGCCACCUCAUUGGGCGGAGCACCAGAAGUCCCUCCUGCAGAUGCUCUGCCAGCAGGUGGAGGCCCUUAAGAAUGAGGUCCAUGACCUGAGACAUAACUCGUCAGACAGCAUGGUGUCACCCCACCAAAGGAUGUAUGGGUAUGGGGCUGAGAGCAUGCAGGAGGGCUUCCCCCCAACACAGACCUUCCAUGUAGCACCCCUCACCGUUGCCACCACACAGGCCCCAUCUAUGUAUUUCAAUCAAUCCCCUGCUUAUAACUCCGGACAGUAUCUCCUUCGUCCUGCAGCCAAUGUUACCCCAACAAAGGCUCCUGUGUAUGGAGUCAACCGCCUGCCACCCCAGCAGCACAUGUAUGCCUACCAGCAGCCCACUAACACUCCUCCCCUGCAGUCAACACCAGCCUGCAUCUACCCUCCUCAAGACCAGGUCUUCGGCACCCCCCUCCACUUUGAGUCACCAGCAACCAGUCUACUCUCCCCAUACAGCGAGGAAUACUACGGCCACUCUCAGCCCACCACCAACCCUCCCCUCCCCGAGCCUGGCUACUUCACCAAGCCCUCAGUCGGACCUGUCCAACCACCAAAGAGCAUUGAGGGGAAGCCUGUGGACUUUGGGAAGAUCGCCUUUGGCCAGCAGGUCCCUGCUGAGCCUCUUAAGGUGCCUGGCUUUGGUGCUGGAGUAGUCGCCCAGUCCACUCCAUCAUCUGCUGCCUUUAAAUUCAACUCCAACUUCAAAUCCAAUGAUGGGGACUUUACCUUCAAAGCCAAAAACAGUGAGAACCUGUUGGGGCUUCUGACAUCAGACAUUCCCACCAAAUCGGAGGGCCCCUCAGAGGUGGAGCCUCCUAGCCAGGGAGGGAUAUUUAGCUUUGGCACUAAAAGCGUGGCAGGCUUCUCCUUCACUGAUGCAGCCCAGAGUCGGGACAAACCAAACCUGUUUGAAAAAAUUGAACAGCCAUUUAGUUUCACUGAUCAGACCAAGCCACUAUUUGGGCUGGAAAACACAGCGGUGGAGAAAGGACCGGAGAGCGAUAACGACAGCACACAUGUGGAGGAGGAUGAGGAUGGGCCUCACUUUGAGCCCAUUGUGCCCCUCCCUGACAAAGUAGAUGUGAAGACUGGAGAGGAGGAAGAAGAGGAGAUGUUCUGUAACAGGUCCAAGCUGUUCAGAUUUGACGCAGAGACAAAGGAGUGGAAAGAGAGGGGCAUCGGCAUAGUCAAAAUCCUAAAGCACAAUACAUCAGGGAAAGUGCGUCUGCUGAUGAGGAGGGAGCAGGUUCUGAAGAUCUGUGCUAACCACUACAUCACGCCAGAUAUGCUCCUGAAACCAAUUGCUGGCUCUGACAAGUCCUGGGUCUGGAAUGCCAUUGAUUAUGCAGAUGAGGAACCAAGGCCUGAGCAACUGGCCAUCCGGUAUAAAACGGCAGACGAGGCAUUGCUCUUCAAAACAAAGUUUGAAGAGGCUCAGAAGAUAGUUCCCAAAUCUCCAGAAAAGCGGCAAGAUCAGCCAGAUAGGAAAGCAACUUCUCCUAAUUCAUCUGCUCCUCAGGUGACAAACUUUGCUGCCCAGUUUGCAAAGAAGGACGGGGAGUGGCACUGCGAUGUCUGCUAUGUAAGAAAUCCUGCUACAAUUAUGCAGUGUGUUGCCUGUCAGACUGCCAACCCUAAUUCCCUGUCAGAGACAGACCGCAAACUGGCUACUGAAACCAAAGGCUUUACUAGUGGGGCAGCUUCAGUGAGAGGAUUUACUUUUGGAUUUGGAGCUGACUUGUCAAAAGACACCAGCAGCGCAGGAUCUAUUGGAAAGGGAUUUGGGGCUUUUGGAGCUCAGAUACCCUCCUCCUUUACGUUUGGAACCAGUGGCACCACUUCUAUACCUGCUGCUGGUUUUGGAGCCCAGUUUGUUAUGAAGAAAGAAACCACAGCAGGAGUAGCAGCAGAAUCAAAGCCCUCAACCAUGCCAUUUGGUGCCCAGUUUGUCAAAAAGCCAGGGCAGUGGGAGUGUGACACGUGUCUCGUUAGAAAUGAAGAAUUUGCAAGCAGUUGUGUUUCUUGUCAAACUCCAAACCCUGCAGCCAAAACGGUUGUAGAUGGAGCAGCAGCAUCAAAGCCCUUAACCAAUCCAGUAGGUUCUGGAUUUGGUGCGCAGUUUAGCAAAAAGCCAGGGCAGUGGGACUGUGACACGUGUGCUGUAAGAAACCAGGCCUCCUCAAGCAGUUGUGUUUCUUGUCAAACUCCAAACCCUGCAGCCAAAACGGUUGUAGAUGGAGCAGCAGCAUCAAAGCCCUUAACCAAUCCAGUAGGUUCUGGAUUUGGUGCGCAGUUUAGCAAAAAGCCAGGGCAGUGGGACUGUGACACGUGUGCUGUAAGAAACCAGGCCUCCUCAAGCAGUUGUGUUUCUUGUCAAACUCCAAACCCUGCAGCCAAAACGGUUGUAGAUGGAGCAGCAGCAUCAAAGCCCUUAACCAAUCCAGUAGGUUCUGGAUUUGGUGCGCAGUUUAGCAAAAAGCCAGGGCAGUGGGACUGUGACAUGUGUGCUGUAAGAAACCAGGCCUCCUCAAACAGUUGUGUUUCUUGUCAAACUCCAAAUCCCUCAGCAAAAUCAACAGUUGAGGUUGCACAACCACCAAAGCCAACCGUGUCAGGCUUUGGUGAUCUUUUUGCUAAGAGGGACAGACAAUGGGACUGUGACACCUGUCUAGUGAGGAAUGAUGCAUCAGCUUCUAAGUGUGUUUCCUGCCAGACACCCAAUGCUAGCAACAUUCCCUCUCUUGGGGCCAUGUUUGCCAAACAGGGGGGACAGUGGGACUGUGACACAUGUCUAGUCAGAAACGACAGCUCUGCUAGUCAAUGUGUCUCCUGUCAGACACCCAAUCCCAACGCUAAGAGCACAGCCACCCCCUCCAGCUCAUCCUUCAGCUUUAGCUUUGGGAGUCAAAGUACAUCUACUCAGCCUGUAGGCAAUGUGUUUAAAGCAAACUUCAACAGUGACAGCUCUUUUCAGUUUGGCACAAGCAAAGUUGAUAAAGGUUCCCCUGCAUCCUUCAAGUUUGAGACCCCUCAGGCUGAAAGCAGUGGCUCCAGUGCUGCAGGCUUCUCUUUCAAUAUGCCCAUCCCAGCAGGUGGCUUUAAGUUUGGCACUCAAGAGGCAAAGAGAACCCCACCAGAUGAAACUCAGACUCCUGCUUCAGGGUCUGCGUCCAUGUUCCUGAAGAAUAUCGCAGAGCAGCACAGAGAAAAAGAGAAGGAAUCUGGCGUCAGUAUAUCUGCAUCAGUGCCUUCAGUGGACAACACCGAUCAGGAUGAGAAUGGCAAACCCAAUGACUUCAGUUUUGCAGAUUUGGCUAAGAACUCACAAGGAGACUUCAAGUUUGGACAGACCGACUCCAAUUGCAAAGGCUUCACCCAAGGUGGCGAGCAGCUGUUCACAUCCCUUCAGUCAAACCAGUGGGCAGACACUUCCGCUGACCAGGAUGAAGAGGAAAUAUACAAAACAGAAGAGAAUGACGAUAUCCAGUUUGAACCUGUGGUCCAGAUGCCUGAUAAAGUGGACCUGGUCACAGGAGAGGAGGAUGAACAGGCCCUUUACUCACAGAGAGUAAAGCUCUUCAGGUUUGACGGAGACAUCAGCCAGUGGAAGGAGAGGGGUGUUGGAGUCCUCAAGUUCCUAAAGAAUGCUACCAAUGGCAGGCUGAGGGUGCUGAUGAGGAGAGAGCAGGUCCUGAAGGUGUGUGCCAACCACUGGAUCACCACCACCAUGAACUUGAAGCCCUUGGCUGGUUCCGACAAAGCUUGGAUGUGGCUUGCUAAUGACUUCUCAGAAGGAGAUGCUAAACUGGAGCAACUCGCCGCCAAGUUUAAAACCCCAGAGCUGGCUGAGGAGUUCAAGCUUAAGUUUGAGGAGUGUCAGAGGCUCCUGUUGGACAUUCCACUGCAGACUCCUCACAAGCUUGUCGACACAGGCAGAACUGCACAUCUCAUCCAGAAGGCAGAGGAGAUGAAGUCCGGUCUGAAAGACCUUAAAUCCUUCCUGACUGAUGACAAAACAAAGAUCAAGGAGGACGACAGCCAAGCUAAUAUCACGACAGCCAGUAACACCUCAGGUCUGAUCAGCAAGCCCCACGUGGAGAGCACUGGCCCUACCUUAGAAUGGGACAAUUAUGACCUGAGAGAGGAGGCUCUGGACGACAGUGCUGACACAUCUGUCUACGCCUCACCGCUAGCAAGCAGCCCAAUCAGGAAGAACCUCUUCUGCUUUGGAGAAUCCACAGCUGGCUUUAACUUCAGCUUCCAGCCUGUCAUCAGUCCUACCAAGUCGCCGGCCAAGCUGAACCAGAGUGGGGUGUCUGUGGAUGAGGAGCAAGACGUGACCCAGGAGGAGGAGAGGGAUGGCCUGUACUUUGAGCCUGUGGUUCCUUUGCCAGACCUGGUGGAGAUCUCCACUGGAGAGGAGAAUGAAAACGUGUGUUUCAGCCACAGAGCAAAGCUGUACCGCUAUGACAAAGACCUGAACCAGUGGAAGGAGAGGGGCAUCGGAGACCUUAAGAUACUGCAGAACUACGACACCAAACGAGUCAGACUCCUCAUGAGGCGGGACCAAGUCCUGAAGAUCUGCGCCAACCACUGGGUCACGUCUUCUAUGAAGUUGGAGCCCAUGAAGGGUGCUGAGAAGGCCUGGGUCUGGAGUGCCAUUGACUUUGCUGAGGUAGCUGAGGGAAAUGUGGAGCAGUUGGCAGUGAGAUUUAAACUGCAGGAUGUGGCCAACUCUUUCAGAGACAUCUUUGAUGAGGCUAAAACAGCCCAAGAAAAUGAGAUUCUGGUCACUCCCAUAGCCUCCUGUGAGACCCCUCCUCAGGAGGUAGCAACAGCUCCAGGGAUGACAGUGUGUGGACAGGCUGCUGUGGCCAUCCUGGAGGAGACCACCAGAGAAAGGACAGAGCUGUCUUCUGAGACUUUCCACACCCCUGACAGCAAGGCCUCCACUUCCACACCACACAGCCCUCUCAACCCCUCUAAGAUGGUGAUGUCUCCUCCCAAGUUCUUCUUCGGAACCCACUCUCUCCAGAAGAUCUUUGGCAGCAGCCUCCCGUUGUCCAAGGAGGAUGGUUCUUCAGAAAUCUCCAAGGCUAAAGACAGCGGUUGGACUUCCCAGCCCUCACCUGCAUUCAAAAUCCCAGAAAAGGGAUUGGAUUUUAGGCUUUUCAAAGAUAACCCAAUGGCUUUUUGGACCAGCACCUCAUCCACCCAAUUUGAGCCCCCAGCACCCCCCCAGGCAAAGGCUGCUGAUGACGGUGAGGUGGAGGUGGUGUACGAGAGGCAGCCGACUGCGGAGCAGGCUGCUUUGGCCAGGGAACUCCUGCUGCCUCUCACCUUCUUCUGCUACCAGAACGAACCAGGAAACACUAGUGACGACCAGACGGACGAUGAGGACUUUGAGACUGCAGUUAAAGCGCUGAAUGGAAAACUGUACCAGGAUCCUCCUGAGAGAAAGGCUGCAAGUUCUGCAGCUCAGGCCGAGAUGGGUGCUGAGGGUCUGUACCCGGAGGUUGAGGUGGUGCGGGAGAAGAGGUCUACUCCAGAUGAGGAGCAGAAAGCCAAGCCGCUGCAGCUGCCUCCAACUUUUUGUGGUGUAGGCGGCAAGGCAGAGAAAGACAAGCCAGAGGACUUCAAGACAGAGGACGCAGAGAGAAGCGCACACCCUGUUUCAUGUGAGGCUGUGUCCUCCAGCACCGGCGAUACAGUGCCAGAACAACAGUUCCCAGAUCAGUCCCCCAGCAGCCAGGUACAGGUUCCAGAUCUGUCUGAGGCAGAGGCUCAAUCCUCUGCAGCAGAGGCUGAGUUCCCAGCUCAGUCGGUAACCAUCCAGGAGGCAGAGGUCCAGCAGACUCCAGAUCAGUCAGACUCCACUCCAACGCAGUCUCAGACUGCAGUCUCCAGCAGUGUGGAGCAGGCUCAAACUUCAAACCCUUCAGCAAAACCUGCUGCUAGUGCCCCAGCUUUGGUGACUGCCUCAUUUGGAUUUGGUGCACAGUUUGUCAAAAAGCCAGGGCAGUGGGAGUGUGACGCAUGUCUUGUUAGAAAUGAGGAGUCUGCAAGCAGUUGUGUUUCUUGUCAAACUCCAAACCCCGCAACCAGCAGUGGUAAGCAGGCUCCAGAUCAGUCAGACUCUACUCCAGCUGCUACCAGCAGCAGCCCCAUAGACCUGUCUACCAAGAAGACCUCGGAGCCGGACUCCACGUCGACAUUUACUACAACCGUUACUCAGGAUGCUCCAAACUCCUUUGGCUCCUUGGGCUUCAGUGAUCUGGGAAGGGAAGGGAUCUCCUUCGCUGAUCUGGCACAGAACACCGGGGGUGAAUUCGCCUUCGGAAAACAAGAUUCUAACUUCUCGUGGGCGAAUGCCGGGGCAACGUUGUUUGGAGCUGCAGCCCCACCCAAAGCUGAAGGAGGGGAGGAGAGGAGUCAUGAAGAGGAUGCUAAUAAUGUGGAAAUUCACUUUGAUCCCAUAGUCACCCUACCAGAGGUGGAGACUAAGUCAGGGGAGGAGGAUGAGGAGAUCCUGUUUAAGGAGCGUACCAAGCUGUACCGCUGGGAGAGAGACCUGGGCCAGUGGAAGGAGAGGGGUGUGGGAGACAUCAAGAUUCUCUUCCACCCCGAUAAGAGGUUCUACCGGGUGCUGAUGAGGAGGGAGCAGGUGCUGAAGGUGUGUGCCAAUCACACCAUCUGCCAGAGCAUGGAGCUCAAACCCAUGAACACCUCCAACCAAGCCCUCGUCUGGACCGCUACCGACUUUGCAGAGGGUGAGGGUAAGGUGGAGCAGUUGGCAGCCAAGUUCAAGACAGCAGAACUGGCUGAGUGUUUCAGGAAGACCUUCUGUGAGUGUCAGAGCCGUAUGAGCCAAUCAGAGGCCUCGGCCCUCUCCCCCCAGAUGUCCAGGGUCCAGGAACAUUCCAGAGACACCAACCCCCAGGUGUACCUCUCCAUCUCCGCUGACGACGAGCCCCUGGGAACGGUCACCAUAGAACUGUUCUCUCACAUUGUCCCCAAGACUGCUGAGAACUUCAGAGCGCUGUGUACAGGACAGAAAGGCUUCGGGCUGCGCAACUCUGUCUUCUACAGGAUCAUACCGGACUUCAUGUGUCAGGGUGGCGACCUCACCAACCAGGACGGGACAGGAGGGAAGUCCAUCUACGGGAACAAGUUUGAGGACGAGAACUUUGACGUGCGCCACACGGGCCCGGGGCUGCUGUCCAUGGCUAACCGUGGCCGAGACACCAACAACUCCCAGUUCUUCAUCACACUGAAGAAGGCUGAGCACCUGGACUUCAAACACGUGGCCUUUGGCUUCGUCAGAGAGGGCAUGGAUGUGGUCCGCAGAAUGGGAGAGCUGGGCACCAAGACUGGCAAACCCAGCAAGAAGAUUGUCAUCACUGAAUGUGGACAACUGUAGAGCUUGGGCUUUGGUCACUGAUUAGACAACUCCACUGUAGGGCUGAACAUGUAGUCACUGACUUGAUGGCUAUUGGCCUUCACUCUGGUCAUGGACUCGGGAGUUAUAGCAUUUCAAACUGAGCACAGUUAUAGUAGGCAGAUAUCAAAUGAUACUUGGGGCUCUGGUAGUGCACUACGGGGGGAAUUUGCUUUAAUUUGAGACCGGGCCAGAGUCUCCUUCUGAUGAGUGUUGCACUUUCUCCCUGCCGCAACCUGAGGGCUGCAUGUCCCUGUGUGAAUCCCCAGACUCUUUUUGUGUGUGUGCAUGUGUUCCAAUAAGAGUUGACAGUGCUGGUUCCUUCAUAAGCUCCCUAACCCAAUUUUUGUUUUGUGUAAUUAAGUCUUAAUUGAGAUUAUUGCAACCUUUUUAAAAACCCAACCAAUGUUUGUUUGGUAUUGUGUUCCUCUUGCUGCCGGUGUAUACUUUUUUAGGUGUGUUUUUGUUUGUGUGUAGGCUAUACAAUGAUUUCAUAAUGUGCAAAUUGAGAGACUACACCUGUCUUAAACUAAAAGGUAGGAAUAUGAAGUCUAACAAUUUGGGAGUGGUGACAUACUAAACAUAUUUUAUGGUUGGUUAACAAUUCUUAUUGUCAAUAAAUAAAUGCUGGAGAUGGUCUUUACAAAAUAAAGUUGCUUUAUAACUGAA